GAUUCACUGAGACAGUGCAGUGUGAUGAAAUCCCCUAAAGCUGUAAGAUGGUUGCAAAACUUCGAGUUUUUGCACUAUUGAUAAUUUUAUGGACUAUUGUAUCCAUAUUCUCAGUGAAUUGUGAAGUUAUUUGCUUGGAUCAAGAAGCAAACAUAAACCUGGGAUCUUUAGAAGAUUGCCAAAUACCAGCAACUCCCAUGACUAAAGAUGAAUUGAUUCGUGUGAAGAGCCUAUUACUAGAAGGUGUUUGCAAAUAUUACGGCUAUGCAUUUAAAAGCUUGAUUUUGCGAAAGAAUUCUGGAGUUGGCUUUCUUACUAUUGAUGACGAUCACCAAAAUUGCCUAACCUAUCCAAAAUUCUUUGAUGGGAUAUCCGGAUUACUUUAUUGGAUUCCAAUUCACAAAGUGAAGCAUAUUAUCGAGGAUGUAGAUGUGUACCGGAUACCGGAGGGGGACAGAUAUCUCAUUGAAAUGAGCAACUCAGAAGACAAAGCCAUACAAUUGACAACCAUCUAUGGAAUUCAGUAUAAUUUUAAUCAUUCAAAAAGCAAUGGAGAUUAUCUUUGGAUGGUGAUUAAACCAACAUAUUAUGCCAUUGAAGAUGUUAAACUUGAAAGUGAGACAAAAACACCCGUGGAAAUUGUAGAUUUAGACACAUUUUCCUUUUACAAUCCAUCUGAUGAGCCUCAAAAAGUCAACUUUAAAGUUAAUCUAACUGACCAUCUCUUCCUGGAGUCAGACUACUUUCUUUUUGAAUGGACUCAGAUAAAACUCACAGAAAACGGAAAUGUUUGGCAAGGAUUAAAUGGAAUGUUUCUGCAGAGAAACUAUUUAGAGAUUCUUUCCCUGGAUUUUCCCAUUCCUCCUAAAACAUCAAUUGCAGGAAGAAUUUUUUCAACUGUAACCAUUACAAAUACUCCUUACACAGCCACCAUGGAAAUCAACGGGCAGAAUUCAACAGAAAACCUUGCAGAGAGAAUUUAUGGGAAAAUUCGGAAAUUUGAAAAAAAACAAUUUACGUUUGGAGAACAUCAAAAUGAGCUCAAGGGAACGUAGAAUUCUUUUUGCCAGCUAUCUUGCGUGUUUCGUAGGUCUUAUUACGACUUUAAUCAUUGGCUUUGCCGUCUUCUUAACCUGCCUUGUGGCUCAGAAGAAGAACAAAGAGUGUAUCUGUCCUAAACCAGAACUCGAGUUCAAUUUGACCAAGAAGAAACAAUUUGUCGCAGAAAAGGCGAGAAACAUUGGAAAAGUAUUUAAACAAGUGGGAAAUAUCUGUGGAAAUAUUUGUAAUUGUAUUUACAAAGAAGUUGUUUAAAACAAGGUGUUAUUCACCCUAUCCUUAUAAAUUCUAUCCGUAAUAAUAAUAAGAAAGUGAGUAAAAGUGGAAGUUCUACUUUACAUCAAAUUGAUUAUUAACACUGAGGAAGUUUAAUCACCCAGUCACGCACUAAACCUUAUUGAUUUUCAGAAAAGACUUUAAAAUCAAAUAACAAGAAAUACGAUAAAUAUUUAAUAUGUAUUCUUAUUCUUUACAUAAUAUACAAAACAAUACUUCAAUGAUUGGCAAUAUUGUUUAGUGGAAUAAAUUAGUUUGAGCACAAAAAAGGUCCCAAAAUAA